AUGUUUACUACUCACCCCCAAGGGAGGUCUUACCGGUCCUCAGUCCCUCACCAUCAUCUUCGACAGCCGGAAAUACAGAAUUCAUAUGACCAGCAUGCCAAUAAUCCUCCGAGGCAGACGAGACGUCGUCCCCUGGCAGAUAUGAUCGGCCAUCCAAUACAUUUUCUGACUGGUCAGUUCGCGGGCCAAACCAUCCGGGCUGAACUAGACGAGAUACAAAAAGCCGAUCUGGGGCGCAAGUAUGCGCGUGUAGACCGGAGGCCUCUAGACCCACCGCCCGUGGUACGUUUGCGCUACUUCGACAUUCGAGAAGACGACGUCGACCAAGAACGCGGCACCGAGAUUAAGAAUUACGACGAAAUCCAAACCAUUGGUCUUAUGUCCACAGUGGAUUUAUUCCCUGUCCCGAAUGAAAGCUGGACGUCGAGAUCUCCGACACAAACUUCGUUUUCCUCCUCUUCCCCUACGCUUUCGAAUGGAAAUGAGAAUUUCAUGUUUUCUUCACCGCAGACGAGCUCGCCCACUGCAGCUCAAUCACAGGCAUCGACUCCCAAUUCUCCAAGCUCCAAUGAUAUUAUACACUAUGUCGGGAACCAUGCCAUCACGGAAAGUUCAAAGGUGACUUCGUCCUUGGUUGGUGCAACAUUUGUCCAACCUGCAAUAGUGGAUUAUGAAGGGAAGAAAACGAUAAUAUUUGUAUUUUCUGACCUAGCUGUUAAAAUUGAAGGGACAUUCCUUCUUCGAUACCGUGUUUUUGAUAUAUAUUCAAGACCCCGUGAUAGAGAGGAUUUGUUGGUGCAAGCGGAAUGUUAUGGCGGACCAUUUCGUGUUUAUUCCACUAAAGAGUUCCCUGGGUUACAGGCUUCCACCGAUCUGACAAAGCACCUUGCACGAUGGGGGGUACGUUUGAAUAUCCGUGAAACCGAACGGAAGCGGAGAAAGAAGGGUGAAAUUGGUAGUCCUCUGGACGAUCCAAAAUCCAAACGAAAGAGGACUUCACUGGGAAGUGAAGACGACGAAGCAAGCGACGAGGAUUGA